UUCGAAAUCUCGCUAGUUCGAAAUAUUUUUCGUUUCCCCUGCGAAUUCGAAAUAGCGGGAUUCAACUGUAUAUUAAAGAUCGAUUUGCACUCGUAAAUAAUCGUAUGUCUUAAUACAACUGUUGAAAGCAAAAAAAAGGUUUUGUCAUGUACACCUGCUGUGCAUUUAGCAGGAACAAAAAACCUUGCUAACAAAAGGAACUCAAUUAAAAUAAUUGAAGUCUUCGCAAUCGAUGAAUACUUACUGGCUAAAAAGAAAACCAUACUACUGUUUGUUGGACCUUUUCUUGUGCACCGCGCAUUGACGUUAUCUAUGCGUCUUUCCCGUGAUAUAACAGUAAUUAACGAAGGAGCCAAGCAGAGGCUUGUAGAGCUAAAUGAGAACAUGGAUGAUUGGGGAACACUGGGGUAGAUUAGGAUUGACGAAAUUGAAACUUCUGUGUUAAACUUUUUUCAACUUCAUCCAUGAUGAAGGUUUGCUUGCAUUUCGACUAAUUUUCUUGCGUAGAAAGAAGUUGGAUGUUUAGUGGUCGAAAGGUGUUCGGCAUCAUGCAACAACAUUGGACAGGACGGUGAAAGAAAAACUGUAUCUAUUGAACUGGUUCAAAGGAGUUUCCUAUAUAUCUAAUUUCAAACUUUGAUAGCUUCGACCUCUCAAGCUGUUCAAACCCCUCUGCAUUAGUGGUGGAUUUUUUUAAUCAUUUGAAAGCACGAGCUUAAAAUGAAUGAAGCCGAAAUAUUGUCUUCUUCUUGCGCACCUCAACAAAUCUCUCACCAGUGGAAAGGAACUUAAAUGAAAACCAGUGACGUUUAUCAGCUUUGUUUAUUAUUUUGAAAUGUUCACUGCCUCUCUAGUGAGCUUAACCUCUAUGUAUGAUUUCUAAUCAUAAAUUAUCGUGACCUAACAACAAAUGGGGUCCAUCUUGUGCACCUGCGCGAAGCUGCAACUAAUCAUUUUGACAGUAAUUCAAGUAAAACAAUUGGUGUUUGACAAUUUUAUUGGAAACCGAUUCCUCGCUAAAAGCUUUUUAAUGAAAAGAAAACUAAUUACAUUGCUGUAUGCGAGACACACAUUUGAAGUGAAUUGAUUCUGCCAGUCUCUUAAACGUUAUCUGACUAAUUGAGCUUGCUUCUCACGAUUUGCUAUUCCGGUCUCGUGUAGGAAAAGGUAGAUUGUAGGUGGAACUAUGUGUAAUGUGGGCUUCAGACUCUACUGAAUAGGGGCUCUUGCAUAUUCUAGAAUGUUCGUUAUAAUCGUCAGUGGAACAGUCGACGAUCAUAGACAAUUUUAGUAACACCAAUAAAUCGAUCAAUCUUGAUUCACUUUUACUAAGAAGAAAAGUAAAUUCUUCUGAAAGAAUUUCAAAACGAUAACCAUUUUUGUUUUUCAAAAAUCAAGCCGCCAUCAUGAAACCAUAUUAGAGCUGCACAAGGUCACAAGAAAGACACGAAGGCGUAAUAGAAAGUUAAACGUGCAGUAUUAACUUUACAAACUUGGACGUCAUAGAAUUAUGACCAUAUUUCACAGACCCUUUGUCUUUUGACAAGUUUCCUGAUGGUUCAUAACAUGAUAAGAAAACUGUAUUGUCAAAUGGAACACUACAUCAUGAUCAUGAAUAAUCUUAAUUUUUAAUUACUAGCAUUUACAUAAAAAUACCUCAUCCCAUUCAAGCUCCGUAACAGAAGGAAGUUCAUUUCAGGAAGAGCACUUUCCAGUUAACUGGUUUACUUUUAACUUACCCAAUGGCGUCGAAUACCUCAGAGGUCAACCACAGUUAUUCUACCGGUCAAGAUAUCGCCUUCGCAGUGAUGUAUUCGUUUAUCGUCAUCAUCGGUGUGCCCGCUAACGGUUUUAUUAUCACUAUCGUGCGAAAAACACCUUCAAUGCACACAACAACCAACUAUCUCCUUAUGAACUUGGCUGUGGCGGAUCUAGUAACUUUAAUGCUGUGCCCGGGAAUAUACGACUUUGCUCUGAACAAAGAGCGGCUCGAAAAGACUUUGGGAGAUUUCAUCUGCAAGUUUUUCGCGGGCAAAGCAGUUGUUCCAAUCACAAUAAACGCGGCUGAGGUAACAGUUUGCGCCAUUGCCGUGGAAAGGUACCUCGCGCUUGUCAAGCCGUAUUACGCCAGAUUAAGAUUAACCAAGAAACGGGUUCCUCCUGUUGUUGCAUUAAUAUGGACAAUUGCUGUGUUAUGCUGUAUUCCUGACUUAACAACGAAUACGAUAGAGCCAAGCAAUCAUUCAACUUAUCCUUGUAAACGUCCAUGGAGCCUAGACGAAUAUUUCCAUCACAAAGGUUUUAUCAUUUUCAGCGGCGUUUUCUUUGGGCUCAUUCCCAGUAUCGUC